UCUUAGUUUGUUGACUUUAAUUCUGCAAUAAUGACUACAAGAUUUAAAAUAUAUUAAGUGGUUGCCAAAUAAUUAGUCAAAUAUGUAAAUUAUUCAUUACAGUCUCUUCAUAAACAUUAAAUGUCUACAAACAAUAUACCAUAUUUCUAUACAUCUAUUUUCCUAUAAAUAUAUUAAAGCACAAAACUAAAAAACAUACCAAAAACCAAACUCUCCAAGUCCUAAAAAGGUGACAAUGAAAAAUACAAAAGGAAAGCAAAAGAUCGAAAUGAAGGAGGUGGAAGACUACGAAAACAGAAUGACUACGUUUUCAAAACGUAAAACUGGGAUCUUCAAGAAGAUGAACGAGCUCGUUGCACUAUGCGGUGUGGAAGCAGCUUUCGUGGCUUUCUCUGAAACCGGAAAGUCUCACACAUUCGCACAUCCGUCUAUGGAAGAUGCUGUUGGUCGACUGAAGAGCCCUUUGAUAGAUGAAUCGCCCAGGAAAGACGAUGCCAAUACUGAUCCGCUAGUGGGAGCUUAUAAGAAGCAAAAGAAUGAAGAGCUCAAGAAAUUGUAUGCUGAUUUCACUGAAGAGUUGGAAAUGGAAAAGGAAAAGGAAAAAAAAUUGAAGAAAUCAAAAAGUGACAAAAGGUUUGACAAAAUGUGGUGGAAUGCUGAAGGCUUGAGCGUGGAAGAGCGGAAGCAGCUGCACCAACGUUUUGUGGAGUUAAAUGUUACCUUAUGCGGUAAGGUUUCACAACAGUUUAGAAAAGACGGUGAUGGUUCUGAUCUUGCUGGACAUGGACAUUAGGAUGUGGUGAAGCCGAUGGGUGUGAAUAAAUUUGAAUUAAUCUCUUCGUAUUUGAAUAAUUGUUUUUAUGUUGUUUUUCUUUGUCGUUGUCUUGAUACAUUUAGUUAUAUGGUUGGGUGAUAAUUUGAAUUGUUGUUUUUAUGUUGUUUUUCUCUUGUCUUUUAGUCGUUGUCUUUUGAAUUUCAUUAUAAAUUUUAUGUUUACAAUCUUCUCGGACUUAAAAGGCAAAAAUCAUAAUGGUAUAAUUAGAUUCAU